GGUUGCGCACGUUCGGGAGGCUGGCCGGAGGCAUGGAGGUCCCCGGUGGGCCUCAGGCGAGCUCGAGCUGUUCGUCGUCCAUCCGGGACUGCUUGCAGAUCUCGGUGUCCGAGGAGCUGCUGACUGCAGGGAGCGACGGCCGCGGAGGAAUAUGGGACAAGUUGCUCAUCAACUCCAAGCCUAAUUCCAGGAAGACCUCCACUCUUCAAACAGUUCGGAUAGAAAGGAGUCCCUUAUUGGACCAAGUACAGACCUUUCUUCCACAGAUGGCCCAGGCAAAUGAGAAGCUAAGAAAAGACAUGUCAGCCGCUCCACCUGGUCGUUUCAAUAUUGAAAACAUUGAUGGGACUCUUGGAAAAGUUAUACAAAUGGAUGUGGCCUUGUUUGAGAUGAAUCAGUCAGACUCAAAAGAAGAGGACAGUUCAGAAGAGAGUUCACAGGACAGUUCAGAGGACAGUUCAGAAUCUGAGUCUGAAGAUGACAGCAUCCCCGGUGAAGUCACCGUAGAUAACAUUAAGCUUCCUAAUUCGGAAGCUGGGAAAGGCAAGAUUGAAGUUUUGGACAAUCCAGGUAGUAAAAAAAAGGAAAUAGUGGAAUAAAAGAUCCAAAAAGAAACAGGUGAUACAUGCCUGCUAAUUCUUGAAAAAGAAUGUGAUUCACUGACUAGUUUACAUUUCAGGUACUCAUGGUGCUUUUUAUAUGCUAAAAGAAAAACUUUAGACAAAUUUAACAGAGUUUAUUUGAGCAAAGAAUGAUUCAUAAAUUAGGCAGCACUUAAAACUUAAAGGGGUUCAGAGUUCUGCUGUGCAGCAUGGGCAAUGAAAGCUUAUCUUUUAUAGGCUGAACACAUAAGUGAAUUGCAGAAAUAACUUGAUUGGUUACAGCUAGAUGUUUGCCUUUGGACAUGGUUUGAUCAGCUGUCUGCCUGUGAUUGGCUGAAGCUCAGCUGUUUGUGUUUGGCUGAAACCCAGCCAUUUGUUGCAAAACUGAUAAACUACUAAGUUAGGUUUCCAUUUGUUUCCAUACUGAGGUAGGUUGUAGUUUGUUGCAUAGGAACUCAAAGUACAGAGACAGCCUCAGGAUAAUGGUCUCCUGCUUAUUUAAUUUAGCAUAUGUAAUAUUGGAUGUAUUUUAUUUCUCAGAGAAAUCAAAGCUGGCUUUUAAAGAGUUGGAAUAUAUAGCAUUUGGGUGUCUGCCAAGGGGAGACUAAUCUUUGAUCUCAUGGCAAAGAGAUCUAUUGUUUAGAAAGCUUAAUUUUGGGCACGGUGAUGAGUAAAUUUGUUGGCAUCUUCUUUCUUCAGCACGGAUUUCAGAAGUGUCAAAUUUAUCUUAAAAUAAAAAUACAAAUCACCAGUUUGUUUUUGUUUUAAAUUACCCUCUUGGAUAAAAUGAGCUAGUUUUGUUUUAGGUUAUUGUAAAGUCUGAUUUAUUUGUCACCAUCAAAAUGGGUUCAAUGAGGGAGAAAUUUUUUUAAGAGAAAAACAAUUUUUACAGAGAAGAUAAUUAUUUAUAUUUAGCUAUCUUCAAACAUAUCUAUUUUCAUUUUUUAAAAAAAUUCUUUUCUACUUUGAGCUGGAAAACUGAUGAUCUGUGGUGUAAUUACUGUCAGCAACUCUGCAGCCACAUAAUGCGUGUAGAAUUUACUUGUUGAGAAAAUUAGGUUUUUUGCCAUAAAGCAAAACUUUUUGUUUCAGCUAUUAAAACUGUUCCACACAGUUGCCCAUAGUUUGAAACCUAUCAAAUGUUGAAAAUAGGGACAUCACAGAAAAAAUAGGAGGACACAGGACAAAGAAAGGCAGUAGCUGGUUUUUCCUUCAAAGGUCAAAGUGGUACUGGGCUGAAGUCACCUUUCUGUCCAUUUUUGGUUUUACUAAACUUGUUUGGGAUCUCAUCUGCCAUGGGCUUGACUUUUGUUCAGGAAAGAGACCUAAGAGUAUAAGGACCAUCUCUGAUUCUAUAGAGCUGAUGAAACUUUUUCUAAUGUUUUUGGGUUCUCUUUGAAUCCUAAACUUUCCUACACCUACAUUAGCCUGGUGUAUCUUAUAAAUACUCUGAAGAUCAUUUUAAGGGUCCUUUCUGUCUUUCUUAUUAGAAAUUGGAACGAGCUCUCCUGGGCAGUGCUAGGUGUAUAAAGAAAUGAACAUAUCUGGAAACAAGAUUUUUCAGCUGGAAAGGGUAACUAUUUCAUAGUACCAAACACAACUGCAAUGAAUUAUUGUUGGAAAUAUUUAUUUAAAGGUUGUCUUCCACUAGAUAUUACGCUAUAUUAUGCAGAGAGUUGCAUUUGUCUGUUUUACUGCUUAGCAUAGUGUGUGGUACACAGUAGGUAUGGGAUAAUGUUAAGAAACAAAUUAACAGGAAAAUGUAUGAGGGUGCGUAGGUCAUUUGAAGCAAUGGUAGACUUCUCCAGGUAGGGCAAUAUAAAAGUGUAACUUCACAGGAAAUACUGGAAUAUCCAAGUAGAAAUAGACCAGUGAUCAGUGAAAGAGCCUCAUCAGUCUAGAAAAAGAUACUUGUAUGUAAAAUGUUAGUAUUUCUCUCUUACCGUGGCUAUCGUAAUGCAACUAGGCUUUCCAUAGAGUUGAAAGAGUCAACUAAAUUGAGGUCCUCUGGACAUUCUUCUGAGAUAUAGGAGAAGAAAGAAAAACAUAAAAAUUUAAUAUACGAUAAGGAUGUUAUUUCAAGUAAGUGUAAAAUGGAUGAAUUAUUCAUAGUGUCAGGACUGGCUAUUCAAGCAAGAUUAGAAUCUAUCCUCAUAUCAUGUGCCAAGAUAAAUUAUAUAUGAUUAAAAUUUAAAUGUAAAACAAUAAGGUGAUAAGGGCUCCAUACUAAAAUAUGGGUUCAUAUUUAAUAAUAUAGUUAUGAAAGUUUUUUUUUUUUAAUGUAUGACAUCAAAGCCUAAAAUCACAAAGGAAAAGAGCAGAAAAUUCAUCCACAUAAAUAUUAAAAUACUAGUGAGUUGAAAAGAAGUUUAAAAGAUAGGAGGAAAACUGGGAAAAAUAUUUGAAACAUGAUAAAGAGUGAAUGUCAUUAAUUUAUAAAGGGUGCUUACAAAUUAGUAUAAAACAGCUAAUAUCAUUGAGAUCAAUGGUGAAAAGACCAUAGGACGUGAACAAGUAAUUCAUAGAAAACAAAGGUCAAUACCAAUUAUCAAAGAAAUGCGAAUGGAAUCAAGAUUGUAUUUUUUACCCAUCAAAAUGGCAGAUGAAACAAUAGCCAGUACUUACUAAGCCCUUUCUGUGUGUUAGCCACUGUUCUAAGUGUUUUACGUUUAAGAUUUAUCAACACUCAUACAUAUGUAAAAAUUCACUGAGUUGUACAUUUAACAUUUACACACUUUAUGUAUGUCGUACCUCUAUUAAAAGUUGUUUUGUUUAUCAGCAGUUUGCCAGUCUGUGGAAAGUAAAUCACUGCUGUGCUUUGGUUGGCCCACCCCUCUGCUUACUGUGCCUGACGGGUAGGUGUGUGGUGAUGGCAGCCAUCUGGAGAACAGCUCUGUUCCUACCAAGAUGAAUGAAAUGUUCUCUUCAGACUUGUGGAGUACCAUCCUUCUAUGGCUCUGUGACAGUUAUAAGUCAGAAAAUUAGGUUCAGUGGUCUUUGAAGCAAAAAUUUCAUUCUGAAUGAAUCUUCCAUCUGUUCCUGUAACAUUUGGUACCUAUUUUUAAAAACUGUCUUGCAAAGUAGUUUGUGCUAUUGUGCCUUUAUCCACUACUGUGGUGAGAAAGCUGAGAACAGAGUUUGAGUCUUACUUUCAUUUGUAUUUCCUUCAGUGCAUAGUGCCUUUCACUCAGUUGGAAUGUUCAUUUAGUACAAUAAAUGU